UUAAGAGUCUUUCGAGAACUUUUCCUCAAUCGAGUUUCGUUCUGGGGCACGAAGAGGCGGUCGAAGUAGAUGUUCGUUAUCUGUGGCUUCUGUGGCUUUCGGAAAGAACCAUGAACCGGUUGAAGGCACUGGUGGCAGUGGCGCUGGCCGUGGCACUCGCUGGGCCGGGGGUGUCAGCUGGCGCCGCUCCCAAGCUGGAGCUGUACACCCUGACGAACAGCGGGGGCGCCAUGUUCACCCUCACGGGACCGCAUCACAACCUGGCUGACGAAGGGUUCAAUGACGUCACGAGAAGCAUCUGUGGUGUGGAGUAUGGUUCCUCUACGAAGACAAAGAUUACACCAAACAUUCGAAAUUUGUGCAUACCUUCGCCUCCGCGACCUACGCCUGUGAAAACCUGGAUUCCUCUCAGUGGGACAAGGUGUCCUCCGUCCGCUACGCCGGCGUGGAGGACAUCACCUUCCCGACGCUGACGAUGUACCACGACGCGAACCAGUGCGGGGCCGAGCUGCUGGUUCUGAGGGACAUGGACGCCCUUCUCAGCGACUUCAACGACGACGCUUCCUCCUUCGUGGUCACCGGCAACUCCAGCUGGACGGUCUACCAUGACAUUGGCUUCGGCGGCGGCAAAGCGUGUCUCGGCCCGAGCAGCAACGGAGGCUGGUACGGCAUCUGGACUCCGGAGGAAAUCGGGAUGCCCAAUGAUCAGGUGUCGUCCGUGAGGAAGGGCUGCUUUGCGGACAAGGUCUUCACGUACGACCCCUCCUCCGCACGUGGGCAGGAAGGGCGCUGAAAAAUACGUCGUGGAGCGUCGACGAAAACACGAGUAAACGACUAUGAUUUUUCACUCACAAAAUAAAUGAUUGGCACUCA